AUGGCUACACCAGGGGACAAGGUGUACAACAGCUGCCUCCCCUUUGGUGAGACCCAUCAGAAACUCUUAGCCACCAUUCUGAUUGUGUUGGGCCUUUUUGCUAUACUGGAAUAUGCUGUUAAACUGAUUGUCUUGUUCUGGAUUACCUUUGCCCCGUUCCUGAGGAAAAUAUAUGAUUCUUUCUUCAAGAAAGGCAGUCGACUGCUCAAAACCAUGAAGAUUCUCUCCAGCAGCAAGAGGCUGUGGAAAGAAUCCACCCUUUUCAGGAGCCAGAAAAAGCCCUCAAGCCUACGCUUCCGUUGCGUUCUAGAUCCUGUGAAAGUGACCGUGAAAAUUGGCAACCCCCACGAGCCCAAAGUCUUCUGCCCUCAGCAGGGCAGGAAAAGUAAAGCCUACUAUUCUGGGGAAUGGUCAAGCCACCAUGACACAGAUGACAAGAAAGCCAGCUGGUACAGGAACCACCAACGAUGCCAGGACAGCCAAGGAAGCUCCCACCCCUCUGAUGCCGAGACCCCCCAGCCAGCGUGUCCUGCAGGAUCCGUUGCCUCCUGGGUCCGUUUCAGCUUCAGCUCGCCUGUACGCACCCCUGAGACAGGAAACAGUUCAGCCAACUAUGGUGUUUUGGCAAGGAACCAUCAAAGGGCCACCGGUGAUAAACUGCAGAGUUCAGAGGUGGCAGGAGGGAGUUCUCAAGGGCAACGCUUCUUGACCCGAUCGGUGGGCCUAAACACAGAGAGCCCUGCUCCCAACCACUUGGCUCACCCUCAUGAGCCCUUUCAUCAUCCAUCCAGUGAGAUCAACUUCAUCCCCAGCCCAAUCUUACCCGGUCCCCGGCGGGUGCUGUAUUCUGCCUUGGCUCCAGAUACGGUAUCCAGAACCCACCUUAAUGCUGAGGAACAUGUCUACCCACAUUCUCCCAGAGGUCCCCAGCACCGUCUCGGCCUAGAGUGGCAUCAGCAUUUGCCAGCAGCACAGCAAGCAGAAGUCUAUGUCUAUCUGGUCAGCCCACCACACCCUAGACCAGAACACCGCCCUGAACAGCCCAACCAAGCAUUCCCAACCUCUCAGACCAUGCCCAGGAAGGAAAUGCUGGAGAACAGAAUCUCCCUUAGCCAGAGCAGGGGCAGUUCUAACCUAGGUCCCACAGUGCAAGGGGGCAGCGAUUCCCAUAAGCCACGCAAAAGCAUCUGGGAGAGAAAGCGCCAGAGAAGAUCACUGCAGCCAACCUCAGACUAUGAGAAGUUGGUAGGGGGCAGUGGUGGAGUCAGCCUGGGGCACCAUGAGCCAUUUCCUCACAGCCCAUCUCUCUUGGCAGACAGAGGGAAGGAAGGGCUUGAUGCAACUCCACCCACCAUUGCCAGUUGA